AUGAACUACCUAUUGACGACGCUGACGAAGAAGCAAGAGGUGGAUUCUCUCAUCAGAUCCACCAUCGACAAAGUCCUCGUCCUCCGCUUCGGCCGAGCUUCCGAUUCCGUCUGCCUCCUCCUCGACGACGUCCUCGCCAAAACGGCGCGAGAGGUCUCAAGGUUCGCAGCAGUUGCGCUCGUGGAUAUCGAUUCUGAGGACAUUCAAGUCUACGCCAAAUACUUCGACAUCACUCUGAUUCCAUCGACGGUGUUCUUCUUCAAUGCCCACCACAUGAAGAUGGACUCGGGAACAGCCGAUCACACCAAAUGGGUCGGUGCGUUUCAGCGAAAACAGGACUUCAUUGAUGUCGUGGAGGCGAUUUUUAGAGGAGCUAUGAAAGGGAAGCUGAUCGUGAGCUGCCCGUUGCCGCCGGAACGAAUACCCAAAUAUCAGUUGCUGUACAAAGAUGUGUAG